AUGGAUAGACCAAAUGAUUCUGUGGUUUCUGAGUUUGUGUUGCUUGGACUCUCUGGUUCUUAUGAAAUGAAAGUUUUUCUCACAUUGGUAUUCUCCUUGAUUUAUUUAGGGAUCAUCCUGGGAAAUCUCUUCAUUUUGCUUUUAGUAAUUUUUGAUUAUCAUUUACAUUCUCCUAUGUACUUCUUAUUAGCAAACUUGUCCUUCAUUGAUGUGGGGGUUGCUUCUACCACAGUCCCCAAGAUGAUUACAGACCUCUUAAAUGAAUACAAGAUAAUUUCUUUCCAAGGUUGUAUGGUACAAAUAUGCUUCAUCCACAUAAUGGGAGGAGUGGAGAUGGUGUUACUCAUAGCCAUGGCAUUUGACAGAUACACAGCAAUCUGCAAGCCUCUAUACUAUUUGAACAUCAUGAACUCUAAAAUAUGUGUUUCAUUUGUAAUCACUGGCUGGGUAAUUGGGGUGAUUCAUGCUAUGUCUCAAUUUGCUUUCAUCAUAAACUUGCCCUUUUGUGGUCCUAACAAAGUAGACAGCUUUUAUUGUGACUUUCCCAGGAUCAUAAAACUUGCAUGCACAGAUGGAGUGAAAUUUGAGUUUAUUGUUGCUGCCAACAGUGGCUUCAUGAGCAUGGGCACCUUCUUCCUGCUAAUCCUCUCCUACAUCUUCAUUUUGGUCACUGUCUGGAAACGUUCUUCAGGAGACUUAUCCAAGGCAUUUGUCACUUUGUCAGCUCACAUCACUGUGGUGGUUCUUUUUUUCACUCCAUGCAUGUUUCUAUAUGUUUGGCCUUUCCCCAGAUCAUCAAUUGAUAAAUACCUCUUCAUUGCUGACUUCGCUCUCACCCCUGUCUUAAAUCCCAUUAUAUAUACAUUACGGAACAAAGAGAUAAAGGUAGCCAUAAAAAGAUUGAUCAAAAGACAUGUCAAAUUUUGCUGA